AUGGCAUCAGCUACCACGACGCGAACACGGGGCAUUCCAGUCCCUGGCAUGAGUACCCGCCUUGAGGACAUACGCGAACUUAAGGACCUAGGCGUUGAAUCCUCCGAGCUGCGUGACCUGCAGCUUCGCGAUGUGCGGAGCGUGUCGUACGUGUCUCGUCGCCGACUGGACGCUGCGGACUUCGACCCUGACGAAGUGGACGCCGACGGGUUGCCGCUGGUGUAUAACGAGGAGCGCAUCGCCGGCUACUGGGGGGGGCGGCCGGGGGAGCUGGCGGGCAGGUGGACCAAGUUCGCGGCCGUGUCGGCCCCCUGGCUGACCAAGCUGGCCAAUGCGGUUCUGUCCGGCCGCCUGGAAAGGGACCGAGCCGCUCUGGCCCGCGAGGCAGUGGACAACUUGGAGAAGCUUGGACCCACCUUCAUAAAGCUGGGACAGAUCCUCAGCAUUCGAUGUGGCCCACCACUACCUGCCUACAUCAAACAAAUCUGCCGUACUCCGAUAGCCAUAUCGGAGUACGACAGCGUCUUGAUGCCCCACGUGUACCGAGCCCGACUGCGGUCCACGGGCGAGGAGGUGGCGGACCUGUACGUCAUGCGUCGUGCGGUGGGUGUGUACGAGAAGCUCGUGAAGCGGUUCACUGCGCAGACCACCGACUACCAGCGCCUGCUGUCCACAUUCGCCGAGGGGCUGUACACGGAGAUGGACUUCAGGAACGAGGCGCUCAAUGCGGCGAGAAUGGCCGAGGUAGGACAGGAGGCCUUUCUGACGCAGCUUCUGGAGAUUGGUUUCUUCCACGGCGAUCCGCACCCGGGGAAUCUGCUCAAGGGCAUGGUCGCCGCCACCAUCCACCUGGACAACCGGGACUGGUCCGCACUCGUGGACGACUUCGUGGAGCUGGGCUUCCUGCCGCCCAAUCCGGAUAGGGCCCUCAUAAUACCCGUCAUGGACCGAGUUCUGUCCCCCUACCUGCGCGGUGGGGGCGCAGCGGCAUUCAACUUCUCCGCACUUAGUCAGGACCUGCUGGCAGCUACCCUGGAGAUACCGUUUUCCGUACCGCCGUACAUGAGCCUGCUGGCCAGGAGUGUGGCGACUCUGGAAGGUAUUGCCCUGGCUGGCGACCCGCAGUACGCCAUGGUUGCUCAGGCCUACCCCUUCGUGGCGAGAAAGGUUCUUCGAAAUGACUCAUCCACCGCCUCGGCCUUGCUCCGAGACCUGCUUCUCAUUCGGGAGGUGGCCACCCCGGGAGCUGAGGUGGGUAGUCAGCUGGCAGCUCGCCGUCUGGCCGCCCUCCUCAAUGCGGCCCUGGGCUAUGUGGCGGAUAGCAGCCAGGGCUUUGUGGACUUUGAUGCGCUGCCGGCGGAGGGGGCGAGUGUGCAGGUCGUUCUUACUCCCUCUGCAGAUUGGCACGUGAUGUCGUUGGCGGAGCUGGCCUCCUUCCUCCUCUCCGCGGAGGCCCGGGAGCUGCGGCCCCUGCUGACGGGCUGGGUGGUGGGAGGACUGGACCUGCUGCUCCGAGACCGAUUACGUAAGGCCUUCAACCUGGCGACAGCCACACUGACCCCGCGGCUGCCCUUCCUGGGGUCGCUUCCCGCGCCCCCCCCGCCGCCGCUCUACGUGCCGGGGCGGGGCCUGGUGGCCGUGUCGCAGGUGGUGGACCUGCUGGCGCCCCCCCUGGAGCCCGGGGAGCAGGUGUACCUCCAGCAGUUGACGGAGCUUGCGGCUGGCGUACUGGGUGUGGAGUCAGCCACCCUGGAGUCCCCCACCUUGCAGUCCGUACUGCAGCUCGCAUCCAGUCCACCCGACCAACCCGUGAGGAGCCGCAUACUGCAAACGGUGGCAGCAGCGGCGACGCAGCUGCCGCUACAGGCCCCGGCGCCGGCGCCACCGCCGCCGCCGCCAGUGGCGGCUGCGGCGGUGGCAGAUGCAGCAACAUCCACUGAACCGCUGGCGACUUCUUCUUCGCCGGCGCCGGCGCCGGCGCCGGCCGUAGCUGCCGUGCCGUUUCCUUCAGACCCGGAGACCAUCGUCGUGACUGUGGAGUCACGAUAA